CAUAAACAUAUUCAUUUUCGAAAAUAAAUAAAAAUUACAAAAUAAUUUUCAUUAAAUGGUCAAUAAAAAUAUGUGAAUAAAUUGUUAAAUCUAAUUGAAUAUUCGGGUUAAAAUAUUUAUAUAUUAAAUUCCAAAGAUCCUGUAUUCAUUAGGGAACAGUUUUCGGCAAUUUAAUAAACUAAUUGAAACUCUCAAUAUGUCUAAUGCAAACUACGAAUUCGAUAUUAAAUAUGGUAUAUUAAAUUCAAGGACUCCAAGGCAUUCGCUUAUUUCAGCCCGGUACAAGCAUUUUGCCUACUUCGUGUUACGCUACAGACUUCCACAUAAUUUAGCAGAAAUCAUCUUUAAUUUAUCGGAGAAUUUGGAUGUUUUAAUAUCACAAUACGGCGAGGAAUCUCGGGUGGACUUUGCUAAGGUAAUUUAUAGAAUAAGUCAGCUAAAAUACCGAUUGGAACAUGAUGGACCCUUUCAUCAGUUUUCUGGUGCUGAGCCUGAUAGAGACUUUUGGAACAACUUUCUGUUGAAUCUUGAAGAAGGACAAACCACUUUCUUUAGUACAUGCUUUCUUUAUGCCGAAUGUUAUGUUUUCCGACGUUUGAUAUGCUAUUUAGAAAACACCCAAACUUUAAAAACAUUCGACUACUAUAUUACGAAAAAACAUAAAUCUCUAAUAGCAUUUCUGUCGACAAUUGAAAUCAUACUAUUUGGAAUACGUACCGUGCAGACUUCUGAUGAUGUAUUACGGUUCCUCUUAAGGCUUAAUCUUUGGGGUAACCAAUGCGAUAUAUCUGCUGACACAGAAAAAUACAACAUAAAACGUAAGGGUCCUUUCGAGCACUUACGAGCUUACGAGAAGAAUAUAAUAAUUGAUAGUACGACUUCGGUUAUCAACUCUUUUAAAUCGGCGGAUCAUACUAAACCCGUCCAAGUCGAUUUUAUUUGCGACAACGCGGGUUAUGAAUUGGUUGUUGACUUCAUACUAGCUCAUUAUUUGCUGGAAUCGAAACUGGUAGACAAAGUUCGUUUUCACAUGAAAGCAGUUCCUUGGUUUGUAACGGAUGCAACAGCAACAGAUUUUCAUUGGACACUUCAACAAUUAAAAAAACAAGCUGGGCGUUGCACACAGGAGUAUGCCAGGAUAUGGCUCCAAAACUUGAGUGAUGGUAAAUUUGAAGUUGCGGAGGCUGAUUAUUUUUGGACAAGUCCCUAUGAAUUUUAUAGAAUGCGGGAUGUGCGUCCAGAUUUAUACAAACAACUUACUGAAGCUCAUAUGAUAAUUAUUAAAGGUGACUGUAACUACAGAAAAUUAAUAGGUGAUUUUCGAUGGGAUGCUUCGGAACCGUUCAUAACUUGUAUUCGGGGGUUUCAGCCAGCUAAUAUAUGUAGUUUACGAAUAGUAAAGACUGAAAUUAUUUGUGGUAUGAGUCCAGGUAAAAAUGAAGACUUGGCAAAAAAGAACAAAGACUGGAUGCUUAGUGGUGAAUAUGGCACCAUACAGUUUAUAGAAAAGAACUACUGUGGUUGCCCAAAUACCACAUUAAACUCAGUAGAACAUAUAUGAACUAAUAUUUAUUACAUGUACAUUAUAAUUAAUUUUUACUAUAAUUUGUUGGUAUUAUAUCCCUAUAAGUCAAGGAAAACAAAAUUGUAUCAAAAAGUAAUUUAUAAAUAUUUAAUACAAAUCUAUUUAAAAUAAAUGUUCCUGAUCCACAACCACUGUGACGUAAUUUGAAAUAAUUUUCGAAGUAAUUCAUAGGACGUAAAUAAUUUUCAAAUUAUCUUCCGAUUUUUAUUUAACUGAUUAAUCACAAGCAUGAUUUCUUAAAAUGUUAAAACCAUUCAUAACAAAAGAUCUUUCUCAUUAUUAUCUUAUAAUUGUAUACAUAUGUUUUGAUAUUCUCGGCUACGUUACUAUAUGUAUUCGUAUGUGAACAAAACGUUGUAUGGAUAUAUGUGUUUCUUUAUUUUUAUUGCGUAUUAUACAUCCGUAUGUAUAAUUAAUUGCGGUUCUUUUUGGAACAGCAAAAUUCGGCAACAAUUAAUCAAAAAAUUAAUAAUUAACAAAUUAAAAUAAAAGAAUAGCAGUGAUGUUUUUUGAUUUCAACCAAUCCAAAUAAGUAGGAAAAAAUACAUGUAUUUCGUAGAUCCACUGGUUAUUAGGUAAGCAUUUAAUUGUUUUCAUUCUACCACCAGAUAACUAUUAUCUUUCAGUGUAAAUUAUUAUUCUA